CAGCCCAAGGGAAAGAAGGCAAAGGGGAAGAAGGUGGCCCCCGCCCCUUCGGUGGCCAAGAAACAGGAGGUCAAGAAAGUAGUAAACCCCCUAUUCGAGAAGAGGCCGAAGAACUUUGGCAUCGGCCAGGAUAUUCAGCCAAAGCGUGACUUGACGCGCUUUGUGAAAUGGCCUCGCUACAUCCGCCUGCAAAGGCAGCGCGCCAUCCUCUACAAGCGCCUGAAGGUGCCCCCCGCCAUCAACCAGUUCACUCAGGCUUUGGACCGACAGACGGCCACUCAGCUGUUCAAACUGGCACACAAGUACAGGCCCGAGACCAAGCAGGAGAAGAAGAAGAGGUUGCUGGCCCGCGCUGAACAGAAGGCAGCCGGCAAAGGAGACACCCCUACCAAGAGGCCCCCUGUCCUUCGUGCCGGUGUCAACACCGUCACAUCACUGGUGGAGAGCAAGAAGGCCCAGCUGGUGGUCAUCGCCCACGACGUGGAUCCCAUCGAGUUGGUGGUCUUCCUUCCCGCACUCUGUCGCAAGAUGGGCGUCCCUUACUGCAUCGUGAAAGGAAAAGCGCGCCUGGGCAAGCUGGUGCACAGGAAGACGUGCACCUCAGUGGCCUUCACGCAGACCAACCCCGAGGACAAAGGUGCCCUCGCCAAGCUCGUGGAGGCCGUCAAGACCAAUUACAACGACAGAUAUGAAGAGAUCCGUCGUCACUGGGGAGGCAACAUCAUGGGUCCCAAGUCCACUGCUCGCAUCGCAAAGCUUGAGAAAGCCAAAGCCAAAGAGUUGGCUACCAAGCUUGGUUAA